AGUAUAUAUAUAUGCAGCAGGCUUUGGCAUGUUUAAAGGGGCUACACCUUUUUUUAACACAUUCCAGAGAAGAACACAGAAGUGCUUGCAGAAGAAGGACAACCAAACACACACUGACUAAAUCUAUUAUCAGUCUCUCAGAAUUGGGAGAGAUGGCAGAGGAAGACUUCAUGCCUCUAUCUGAGGAAAUCAGUUUGUUCUGCCUGGCUUCUGACGGUCGUUCAGGGACACAAGUAACCCAGCCCUUCCCAUGCUCUCCAAAACUGAUUAGAAAAACAACCGGCUCUCCAAAACCCUCAGAGGGACACCUCACAGUCUGGUUGGAGGAGCUGAAGAAAGAGAAACAAAGAGCAGAGGCUCAUCUGGAAUCCAUUAAAAAGCGCAAAGCAAACCUGAAUACGAGUUCAGAGGCGAUGAAGCAGCGGGUACAGGAGUGCUUUGAGGGGCUACAUAUGGCUCUGCAAGAGGAUGAGCGUGCAGUUUUGGACAUGAUAGAGCAAGACCGCAUGGAGACCAGCAGUAAACUAAACCGAAUUCUUCAAGACUGGAAUCAACACCUCAGUCUCCUGCAGAAAUACAUCAGCACAAUGCAAUCAGUGCAACAGAGCACAACAGAGAGCCUGAAGCAGCUUCCUGAGGAUUUUACGAUGAAUAGCUGUCGUAAGAAACUGGACCCAGCUGAAGAGAAGAUAAAAAUGAAUGAAGAGAAGGUCCAGAAGCUCAUGAAGACUCUUAGGAACAUCUCAAAAGAUCUGAAAGCCCAGCUACAACGAAAGAGCCUAUUGCUGGUCUCCUCUAAUGUGGUGAUUGACAAACUGACCUGUCAUAAACAGAUCAAGAUGACCUCAGAAGGUCGAACCAUGUGCCUUUCUGCACAGGACCGCUCAGUUCCUAAUGACCCUCUAAGGUUUGAUCAACUAUACUGUGCCUUAGGCUCUGUUUCCAUAAAGGCUGGGCAGCACUACUGGGAGGUGGAUGUGCACUGCUGCCCAGCAUGGGCUGUGGGCGUGGCUUAUGGUAGCCUACAGAGGAGAGGACAGGACAAAGAAUCCAAACUUGGACGGAACAGGUGCUCGUGGAGCCUUGAGUUUAAGGAUGGGCAUCUCAUGGCCUGGCAUAACGAUCGACAUGUGGCAUUACCUGUCACAGCAACUCGGGCAGCACCAGACAGGGUGGGAGUAUUUGUAAACUAUCAGAAGGGUUGUGUGAUAUUUUAUGAUGCCAAGACUAUGAGAAUGCUGCAGGAGUUCUCAGCCGUACAAACAGCUGUGUUUGACAGAACUCAUCAUCAUUUUACUGAGCCUCUCUACCCAGCCUUCCGCUUCUAUUUGCCCAGAGACCGAAACACAGAUCAUUAUCAUAUGGAAAUAUGUGACCUCAGCCUUUAAAGCUGCACUACAUAAGAUUUAUUGAGCGAGUAGAUACAAAUCUGUUUUCAAACCCUGUCUUUGUCUUACCCUGAUUCACUAAGCUAUGGCUUUAAUAAUGAUUUUUAUUUUGAGUUGUCAGGUCGGAUUUGGCGCAAAAUUGCAGGCUUGUUUACAUCAUGUCGGUAAGCUCAGAAAAGAAGGUCUGGCUGUGUCACCUAUGUGUCUGCUGGGGAAGCUAUGGUGGUUCAGUCAGUUGCUGUACAGGAAAGCAUCGGGAGGACAUCAGUCUCUGGAUGGAUUUUUAACCGUUUUUAACUGCUGAAGUUGUUUCAUAGCACAGUAAAUUACAUAUUAAUUUGUUAGGCGUGUAACCAUCUCUAUAUUAUAACUUUACUUCCAAAGAAACGAUUAAAGAAACUGAUUAUUAUUGUAAUUGUUAUAGUGCAUAUUUCUGCAUAUUAUUGUACAUGUUUAAUAAAGUAUAAUUCAUCC